GUUAGCUUUUCCCUCCUCUCUCUAUUCCCAAAAAUCUAUAAAAUUUUCUCACUAAAUUCAAAAUUUUCACUUCCCCCCUACCAAAUUUCAACCCAUAUAGCCAAAAUUCUAAACCCUCCCUCUCUUCUCUCAAGUCAUUAGUAAAGAACCAAUUUUAUAUUGGUAUAGUCACAGUGUAUGUAGAGGAAGCAGAGCACAAACCUAAUGCAAUAGCUACAUGGUGAGAGGGACUAUGGUGAUGAGGGAUGAUGAUAAGUCAGGUACUACGACAGUUACGGCGGAGACGGCGGUGGUGUUCGGCUCUCCAACUUUCAAAAGACUCAAAUCGUUUGAAUCUUCGUCACCCUCUUCCUCCUUCACCACAAAUUCCCCCUUUGAUAAGCUAUCCCACGAACUGUUCGUAGAAAUUCUCCAAAGACUCACUCUCAAACUCAUCCAUCUCUGCAAGUGUGUUUCAAAACGCUGGUAUGAUUUUAUCUCCACUCCUCAUUUUGCUUUAUGUUAUGCCCACAAUUGUUCAUCUUUGAUGCCUCCUUUUGCCCUCUUCUACCAGUACAAUGAUGGUGCAGUCCAAUUAGCAUCUGAAGCACCCGUUUUUGAAUCUCGUGGGUUUUCUCUAAACUUCCUUCCCUCUUCAAAUCCACCACCUACGUCUUCCUCGUCGUCAUCAUCGGAUCAACCUGAACCAGUCCCAAUUCGUUACUUAGCAUCGAGCAAUGGCUUAGUAUUUUGCUCUCCAACCUCAACUUUCCAGAGGGUGUACUAUGUCUGCAACCCACUCACAAUGCAUUGGGUUGAACUUCCUCCACCACCCACUUGCGAAGAAAGGGUUAUCACUGGAUUUGUUUGCAAAUCAUCUUAUUCUUUUGAUAGUACUACCUGCACAACUAGCUUCAGAGUGGUUCGAAUCCACCAAUUCGAAAAACCACAAUACCCAAACCCACCACCACGUUCGGCCAAUCUCAAAUUGGAUAUAUUCUCUUCAGACACAUGGAAAUGGACAGAAAUCAUCUUAUCAACCUGGGGGCGUAACUUUAUUAUGUCUCAUGACCUUUCUAAUGCUGUGGUUUGCAAUGGAAUACUCCACUGGUUGUUUCUUUAUAAUGGCAAGAUCUUUGCCUAUGAUCCAUUCAACAACACUGAUCAAUUUCGGACCAUAAGGCAGCCCAAGGACAAAUUUCCCACGGCUUAUGAGCGUCACUUGGGGGAGUGCCAAGGACACCUCAGGUACAUCGACCAUUAUUGUUCCAUUCUCAACAUUUGGGAACUCAAGGACAACAAUGGGCUUGAAUGGUCCUUGGUGCACAAUGUUGUUCUGAAGAGGAUGGAACCAGGUUAUUCCCUCUUUCGUGUGAAAAUUCUACCUCUUCAUUCCCUUGAUGGAGACAUUAUAUAUUUACAUGUUGAUAAUCGACACUGUGGUAUUCUACUCUGCAACAUGAGGACCAGAACUUUGAAAGAUGCGUGUUGUUUUAACUCUUUUGCCUGGUUUUGGCAUUCGAUGGCCUUUCCCUUUGUUCUCCCAUGGUGGCCUACACCACUUCCUCAAUUCCAACAGAAUACACUCAAAACCAAUGGACAAGUCAUCCAACUAUCAGAACCUAGAACCAAUAUCCAGGCCCAAGAGGUUCCUGUUAAUCCUCAACAGGAGUCUGCUGCUGAGGAACCUACUGGGGACCAACUUGUAGAUGAGCAAGUAGUCCAUGAGGGAGAUGUUAGAAGUAAUGAACUUGAAAUUGAUGAAGAUAACACUAGCACAUGUCUUUUGGGGUCACAAGAAGUGGUUUCUAAUGAAACAUGUCAAGGUCAAGAGCAGGGAACGAGUUCACAAGAUCAAGGCGAGGUGAGUCGGACCACCUCGGUACACAUUUCAUCCAACUCAGAACCAAUUGGUUAUAUGGCAAGGAAUAUCCAUGACCCAAGCACUUGCCACCAUCCUUGAGGAAGUCACCAUU